AUGCCGAAGUUCGACGACGACUCUUCGCCACCUGGUGUUGACGGUGGAGAUGACGAUCGUAGUCCCGGGGAGGAAGACGGAGGCACUCCGGAGCCUUUCGCGGGAGCUAAAGUCAGGAGGAAAGCUUCUCGUUACAGAGAGCACCGUGGUGAUUAUCUUCGUGUCUCCUCUCGUCCUGGAUUGAUGCGGAUUCUGGAGAAACAAGGUGACACGUCGAUUCUGUUCGCUGAUAAAGUAUUGAAGUUCACUGGCUCGGGGAAGAUGAAAAGGCGUAUCUUUAUCCUCACAGACUUCGCUAUCUAUCUAAUCGAUCCAGAGACUGAAGCUAUGACACGGAGAAUAGCCCUGGCAGCAGUAGAGAAGAUGUGUUUGAGCAAACUGAGCGAUAACUUCUUCGCUAUCAUUAUCCCCACGGAGUAUGAUCUGUUCAUGGCCAGCACUCGGAAGACUGAGCUUGUUCAGGUCAUGGUUGAUGUGACGAAAAGUGCAUCUGACUAUGACCUCGAACUGCUUCUCUCUAACAGAUUUGAGUACAAUGCUUCUGCCUCGUUAGUUAAAGAAGUCUCCUUUGAGGAAGCAGAAGGGGGUAUCAAGACCAGUUUCAAGUGGAAGUGA